AAUAAAAAGGGAUCUAAAAAUUUCUGAACAUUUUGACAAGAGAAAUUAUGGGUGGCAAAGAGAAGAACCUUAAUCCGAUGGACUACCUAGUUACCGAUUUACUGGAAGAAAUCUUACUUGGACUGCCGUUGAAAUCAGUUUUCAGAUUCAAAACAGUCUCAAAGCAAUGGAGAUCAAUCCUGGAGUCGAGGAGGUUCGUGGAUAUGCGUUUGAAGAAAGUUCAGAAGAAGCUGAAAAUCCUAGCUGUGGGAGAAGGCCGGACCAUGUCGGGAUUCGAAGGUGACGAAGAGAUCGAGAUGAUCUAUUUACAUUGCGAUGACGCCACACAACCCUCGCUGACAUGCGACGGUUUGGUCUGCAUCCCAAAACCAGGUUGGAUCAACGUUUUGAACCCAUCGACCAGACAACUCCGGCGAUUCCCUUGUAGCCCAGAUCACCCCGUGUCUCCUUUUUGUCUUAAUCGUCAGCUAAGAGUCUGGCCAUACCUCACUUUCUUCCCGGGAAAUUGGGCAAUGGGAUUCGGUAGAGAUAAAGUUAAUGGUUGCUAUAAAGUGGUGAGGAUGUGUUUUGAUCCUGUGGAAGAAUGUGAGGUUCUUGAUCUUGAAACUGGUGAAUGGAGGAAACUGAUUCCACCUGGACCACCUUUUCACGAUAUGGAUGUGGGUAGGAAGUCAGCGUGUGUGAAUGGGUCAAUCUACUGGUUAAAACUUUUGUGGGAUUUCAAAUUACUAGCCUUGAAUCUUCACACACUAGAGUUCCGCAAUGUUUCGGUUCCACAUAAGUGGUUCAGCCUUGAUACCCAGAUAAUGAACCUUGAGGACCGUCUAGCCAUAGCCAAAACCAAAGGUGGGCCUGAAUGGGAACUAGAAAUACUGAGCCUGAUGGAUUCAGAAGAAGAAUUAUGGACCAAGACUUACUCCAUAACUUUAGCCAGUAUCAUUAUUGGCCUCCCAUGGGAGCAUAGUUGGUUCACGGUGGUGACUGUUUCAAAGUUAGGGAAUCUUGUCCUGUAUGACAAACACAAGAGGCUGUUCAAAUAUAAUACAAAGACAAAUGAGAUUUGCUGUCUCUCCUCAAAUAUUUCUGUUAUAUCUCUUUGCCUCGAGAAUUUGGCACCACUUCGAUCGGACUCAGGACAUCAUCCAGAUGAUUAUAAAAUCAGGAUAUCUAGUUGCGGAUUGUGUUUGAAGCAUCCGGAGGCCGGGAUAUCCACUGUAGCUGUAGAUCGUUAAAAUGGAAGGAUGAAGAAAGACUUGUCUCAAAUUUCAAACAAUCUCCUAAUGAUGGCGUUAAGGACCAUUACUUUGUCACCAAGCCUGUACAGUAUUUGGAGUGGGUAUGUAUGUUCCUUAAUUAUUCUCUACGUCUUUUUUAAGGAUUGUGACAAAUUUUAGUUUCUGAAUUUAUACUAACUCUUCUUUUAUACAUUUCUAGACUCAAUGCCUUCUUUGCAAACAUUUCACUGCCUGCAUAAACCUUGGAUGCGGUGACCAUUUUUGUGACAAAUGCUUUAGAGGUAACACAUUUAAGCUUGUGUGUUGAGAUUUUUUUGUGAGCUAAAGUGCUCUACUCAUUUCUGUAGAAUACUUUGAGUCCAAAAUAAAUGAAGAUAAUUUGG